AUGUACAUCACUCUCUACUUCGUAGUCACUCGCCUCCCUGACUCCCUUCGCUCUCUCAGGGACCACUUUCUCUCCCUUGACCCUACCUCCCUCACUGUUGACCUUCUCGAGCAGCAUCUCCUCGCAGCUAAGACUAGUGCAGUUGCUGUAGGUGCUGCUCGUGGCACUCCGCGUCCGCCCUUCUUUGAGGCUUGCUCCCCCUCCCCCCUUGCCCCCUCCUACGCCUUCUCUGCUGCUGCCGAGGUCCCUGUUGCUGAGGACGUUGGGGCUGCUUCUGCUAGUGCGAAGCGCCGCAACAGCAAGGGCAAGGGUGGCAUGGGUGGUGGAGGUGGUAGCGGCGGUGGUGGAGGUAGCAGCGGGAGUGGUGGUGGGGGCAGCAGUGGAGGUGGUGGAGGCAGUGGAGGUGAAGGCGGCGUUGGGACUAGUGGCGGGAGUGGGGGCUCUGGUGGCGGCGGUGGCGGCAGCGGUGGGAGUGGCGGUAAAGGAGGUGGUGGGACUGGUAACGGUAUAGCCGUUGCUGCUCUAGGUGCUAGUGAGACUGCUACUCUCCUUGGUACUGCGCCUGCUCAGGCCUUGCACACCUUCACGUUGGACUCAGGCGCCUCGCGCUAUUUCUUUCGUGACAGCACCACCCUCACUCCUCUCCCUGCACCUGUCUCGGUCAGACUGGCUGACCCCUCCGGGGGCCCGGUCGUGGCCCGUUCCUCCACUGUCCUCCUAUGUCCAGCGGUUGCGUCCGGCUCACUAUCCGUUCUUCACCUCCCCUCGUUCUCUACGAACCUGGCGAGUACCGCUGCCCUCUUGGAUGCGAUGGUCACUACCACCACUCCAGGGGGUCAGCGUGUGUCAAUCUGCACGUGCACACGGACGGGGCGUCACCUGGCCACGUUCACUCGGCGGCCAGGGUCGAGUCAGUACACACUAGCAACCGGGCCUCCUCAAGUAGCUGCAUAUGCUCAGGUGUCCGCGUCAGGUCAGGUAGCCGCCUCUUGCUCGUGUCGCCUCCUGUCGCACCAGACUCUUCUGUCUCUGCCUCCCCUCCCGCCUUCGCCUGCCCCGCCCUGCCUUCCUUGCGUCAAGGGGCAGCAGCGCGCCGCUCCUCACUCCUCCUCGUUUCCCUCAACGACUGCUCCCCUGCAGACUCUCCACAUGGACGUGUGGGGCCCAGCCCGCGUCAGUGGACAGGGACGCGAGCGCUACUUUCUGCUGGUUGUUGACGACUACAUCCGGUACACCACGGUCUUCCCCUUGCGUAGCAAGGAUGAGGUCGUUGAUGUCUUGAUCCCUUGGAUCUGCACAGUCCGUCUCCAGCUACGCGAGCGGUUCGGCCAGGACCUUCCUGUCCUGCGUCUGCACUCUGACAGAGGUGGUGAGUUCUCCUCCAACCUCUUGCGGGACUUUUGUCAUGGGGAGGGCAUUCUUCAGUCGUUCACGCUUCCGGACUCCCCUCAGCAAAAUGGGAUUGCUGAGCGCCGCAUUGGCUUAGUCAUGGAGGUCGCUCGUACCUCCAUGAUCCAUGCGGCUGCUCCCCAUUUUCUGUGGCCGUUUGCGGUCCGGUCGUCACGUUUGACGAGUCGGUUCCCUUAUACCGUCUCUUCCCCUACUGCUCUGCCCCUCCCCCGCCCCCGACGCUCUCCCUUGCUCCCGGUUCUCCUCCGGUAG